AAUAGCCGAACUCGAAGCUCGGCGUUCGGCCCAAAAACGACUAGUUUCCACCGAACAGGAUCUGACGGAAGUCCCUCUCAAACGAGCCAUGACAGCCUCAAGGGCACGAACGGAAUCCAACCCAGCCGAACCCGAAUCACCCCUAACAUUUGAUAUUUUGCAGGAACAGCUGCCCGAGAAGAUCAAGAUCCCGCAGAUCGGAUUUUAUGACGGAACAUCUGAACCGGACACCCACCUAGGAUUAUAUACGUCAUGGAUAGACCUGCACGGAGCACCGGACGCCCUCCGCUGUCGGAUGUUCUCAUUAACUCUGGAAGAAAAAGCACAAAGAUGGUACCAUUCGCUCGCCCCACAUUCGAUCGCUAAGUGGUCACAAUUAAAGUCCAUGUUCCGAACCCACUUCAUCGGAUCCCAGGCGUGCCGAAUUCCCAAAGAAUCGAUCACUCACAUUAUCCAGGGAGCAGACGAGAGUUUGAAGAAUUACAUCACUCGUUUCAAUGAACGGGUACAAAACAUGGAACCGUGUCAUCAGGAGACCCUGCUCGUUUUGGCAUAUUCAGGACUGAGACCAAACUCGAUGUUCAAAUGGACCCUCUGCCAGAACAAACCUCAGACGUAUCACGAAUUUUUGAUGAAAGCUCAACAACAUAUCAUGGCAAAAGAAAACAUGUCCGUCCCGUCGUUCCCAGCCCUGAACGAGCAAAUCGCCAAAGAAAAGGAGUCCCGACCGAACAAGGAGUUUGUGAAGGACGGAAGAAGCUCCCAAUUCCGAGCCAUGCAGAGGAAACAUCACGAGGAACUCACGAACAGCUACCAGGGGGUGUAUUCGGCCGGCGCGGCCGUAGUGUAUGAAGAGUUGAAGAACAAGGGGAUCAUCCCAGACCCCAGACCGAUCAGGGCCGAUGAAGAAAAUCUAGACAAAAGCCGAUAUUGCGCUUACCACAAAGUGCAUGGCCACAAUACCGACCAGUGUCGGAACUUAACAUCUGCCUUGUUGAAACUAAUUGAUGAUCCGCAGGUAAGGAGGUUCACUAGGAUGGAUGCAGGCAACCGGAGGCCAAGAAACGAUGAACGAAUGAACCCAGGAGACGAGCCCGAUUUCGGACUGAAUCCCCGGAGAGCGAACGAACACCACAAUGAAAUAUUGACGAUCA